AUGCUGGAUGGCCAAUGGGAAAUUAAUCGAAAAACAUACAACAAAGGAUAUAAUUUUUUUUUGCUGAUGGCUUGGCUAUAUCCCGAAUGGCCUAUUUUCAUGAAAACAAUCUCACAUCCGCAAACAGAAAAGGCAAAACUGUACGCCAACCUUGGGAAACGACACGAAUCCGUUCGUAAGGACGUUGAACGAUGCUUUGGUAUCCUACAGGCGUGUUGGAAAAUUCUUGUCAAUCCCUGUCGACUUUUCGAAGAGGAAAGCAUGCGGGACAUUAUUACAACAUGCAUUGUCAUGCACAACAUGCGGAUACACUUCAAACUUAGUAAUCCGGAACUGCGUAACCAGGUGGAAAAUGUGCACCCAGACAUGCCAUGUUCUGAAACUGCUGGGUUCAGUCCGGGACCACAACGCUCAUUCCAUGAAAUGUGCGAGGAUCGCAAAAACAUCAGAAAUGCUCAACGGUAUUAUAACAUGAGGAAUGAGCUUUUUGAUCACUUGUGGAUGACGAAAGGAGUAAGUCAGUUGGAUUGA